UGCUCCUGGUACCUGGAGCUGCCAAGCACCCCGGCGAUGGGGCGCCCCGGGGGCUGUGCGCCAGGCUGGGAGUAUCCUUGGGGGGCGGGGCGAGGGGGCUUCCGGGGCGGCAGCCACCUGGCCCGGCUCCGGCCCCGCCCGCGUCAGCUCUGCGCGGUGAUUCACUCCCUCCUUCGCCCCGGGGCCCCCUUCCCGGCCAGACGGCGGGCAAGACAGCUGGGUGUACAGCGUCCUCGAAACCACGAGCAAGCGAGCAGAUCUUCCGAGGCACCAGGGACUCCAGCCCAUGCCAUGGCGGAUUCUGAGCGCCCCUCGGCCCCUGGCUGCUGGGCCGCCUGCACCAACUUCUCGCGCACUCGAAAGGGAAUCCUCCUGUUUGCUGAGAUUAUAUUAUGCCUGGUGAUCCUGAUCUGCUUCAGUGCCUCUACACCAGGCUACUCCUCCCUGUCGGUGGUUGAGAUGAUCCUUGCUGCUAUUUUCUUUGUUGUCUACAUGUGUGACCUGCACACCAAGAUACCAUUCAUCAACUGGCCCUGGAGUGAUUUCUUCCGAACCCUCAUAGCGGCAGUCCUCUACCUGAUCACCUCCAUUGUUGUCCUUGUUGAGAGAGGAAACCACUCCAAAAUCGUCGCAGGGGUACUGGGCCUAAUCGCUACGUGCCUCUUUGGCUAUGAUGCCUAUGUCACCUUCCCCUUUCGGCAGCCAAGACAUAUAGCAGCCCCCACUGACCCCGCAGAUGGCCCGGUGUAGGCGAACUCCCCUCAUUUCUCUCUGCAAUCUGCAAAUAACUGCUCCAUUGAAAUAACUCCUCCCCACCCCAACAACAACAUUCCCAGCCGACCAACUCCCACCCUCUCAUUGAGGUAAAAGUGCCUUUAUUGGGAGACUUUUGUCUUCCAGUCUGCCAAUCAACCCUCCUGGGUGUGGCCACCAUAUACGUGUGCCUAGGUCCUCCUGCACGAUCCAAUAGGAGACACCAGUUCUGACUGAACCAUGUCCCCACCUAAGUCACAAAAUGAGGGAAGUGGGGAGUUACAUUUCAGAGUCCAGGCCCUAGGUUGGGACCCACUCCAAAUAAUCUCCUUGGUGUGGGUGGUGGUUCUGUAGAGGGAAAAAUAAAUAAUAAACAUUGUUAAAAUAUA